GGUCAAGGAUUAUCAAAUAGGUAUCAAUUAAUCAAUUUCAGUUUCAGAUUCACUGUAGCAGCAGUGUAGCUCAUUUAUUGUACUUGUACAGUUGUACUUGAGUUUUUCAUUUCUUUUGUUUCUAUUUUUAUAAAACAAAUUAGAGAUGGACACUGGACGUGGCAGCAAGGAAAUGGUUCUUCUCUCAGGGAACUCACAUCCUGAGUUAGCUGAACUAAUUGCCAACAAAUUGGAGGUGCGUGUGGGACGUGCUGAGCUUGCCCAGACGAGCUGUCUGGAGACUAAGGCUGAAAUUAUGGAGAGUGUGCGAGAGAAGAGCGUCUACAUCAUACAGACUGGCAUUAAUAAAGAUGUUAACAACCACAUCAUGGAGCUUUUAAUCAUGGCUUAUGCUUGCAAGACGUCAUCGGCUCGUAACAUUGUGGGUGUGAUUCCUUACAUGCCUUAUUGCAAGCAGAGCAAAAUGCGCAAGCGGGGUUGCAUAGUCUCCAAACUUCUAGCAAAAAUGAUGUGCAAAGCCGGCCUGACUCAUGUCAUCACAAUGGACCUUCACCAGAAAGAAAUUCAAGGCUUCUUUGACUGUCCUGUGGAUAAUCUACGUGCCUCGCCAUUUUUGCUGCAGUACAUCCAAGAGAGUAUCCCCGACUACCGCAAUUCCGUUAUCGUCGCCAGGGACCCUGGCUCUGCUAAGAAGGCCACGUCUUAUGCUGAGCGACUCAGACUUGGCAUUGCUGUGAUCCACGGCGAGCAGAAGACGAGCGAGGAUGAAGAGACUGACGGCCGCAACAGCCCUCCUGCCCUGGAGCACCACUCUCGGGUCAUGGAGGUCGGGGGAGGCGUGCCCGCCCUCUUUGCUAAGGAGAAACCCCCCAUUAACGUCGUGGGGGAUGUGGGGGGCAGGAUUGCCAUCAUGGUGGACGACAUGGUGGACGACGUAGCAUCGUUCGUGGCGGCGGCCGAGGUUCUCAAGUCCCGAGGAGCGUACAAGAUCUACGUGAUGGCCACGCACGGCCUCCUGUCCUCCGAUGCCCCCAGGCUUAUUGAGGCCUCGGCCAUUGAUGAGGUUGUAGUAACGAACACCGUGCCUCACGAGAUCCUAAAGCUGCAGUGUCACAAGAUCAAGACCGUCGACAUCAGCGCCCUGCUUGCCGAGAGCAUACGUCGCAUCCACAACAACGAGAGCAUGAGCUACCUCUUCAGAAACGUCACGCUGGAAGACUGAACUACCCAUAUUUACUUUUGUGCUCAUUUUUGUAAUGUUACAGUACAAUACUGGACGUGAAAACUACCCUUAUUAUUGUUUAUAAUCCCAUAUUGAUGAAAUAUGAUGUAUUAACCCGAAGUGUGGGGUAACUAAAGAAGCUUUUUUUAUUCAUCUUGUGAAGCGUUCUUGUAUUUUAACAUGAAAUAACUGAGAAACGCAGAUAAUAAAGCCUUCACUACAAUCAAUAUUGUUGUAGUUAUUUGAGUAGCUUCAUUUGUGUGUAAAUUCGUAUUCAAACUUUCUGUUCAGUCCAUUGCAGUUAUUGACUAUUGCAAUAUGCAAUGUUCACUAAACGUUUAGUAUUAUUAGUGGGUCAAGUAACAAAUAAGUAUCAUUAGCGGGGCAGGUUGUUACAAUAAGACACUGACAAUUAUCGUCCUAGAAUACCUGGUAACAAAUAUUAUUCUCAUUUCUUGAUAAUUUUAAGAAUCCUUUUGUGUUCUCCACGGCACAUUUAUCAACUUAACAACUUAGUUUGUAGUAGAGUUACUUGCAGUGCACGCUGUUGAUCGGUUGAAACUACUCAACUUUUCAACUCGUUUGCGAGUUGAAUUUGUGCCAUUUAUUACAGAACUAUAUCCUGAUUUUCAGGCUUAGUAGCCUAAUUUUAUUCAGGAAUGAAUAUACCUUUUCAUGUCAGUUGAAUUCAUCAUGUUUCUACGUCGCUAAUAUAUUGAUCUGAUGUCGCAUCUGGAAUUUAGUCUUUAUACUCGAUGUUAUGAACUUUCCACACUGGGGCUGUGAAAAAAAAUGCGACUCCAAAUAGCGAUGCACUCUUUGCUCUUUACCCUGAACCAAUUUUGCCCGGUAAAAGGGCGUAUCAGUGCUACAGCUCGUGCUGUUGGUCAGAAAGUGUGUCACUAUUUACACAGUAUGACCAAUCCAUUUUUCUGAGUGUGAAGUGUUACGGUGUUAUAACUAGUGAUGGGCAUUCCUUCACUCGCAUCAUCUACACUGAUUUGUGGUUUAGGUCUCACGAAGCAGGGCUAUAAUCGUAAUAAUAAUAGCAAUAACUUGAGGCAUUCUACUUAAAUUGUGCCAUGUAUUUGAUUUCUUUAGUUAAGUAAACCUUUUUUCCAAUUUUACGACGUCCUCAUUUACAAGUAUAUCUUUGUAACGGUGUAAGUUUGCUUGUAUAUUCUUUAGUCAGGCUGGUCACAACAGAUUACUCCAGGCACACGGCAUAGAUAUUUCCAGUCAAUUGAAUUAUCCCAGCUUAUUUACGUUCGUUUUCCCUAUUACACCAAAAAUAGCACUUUCCGACAACGUAAUCUGAGUAGAACUCAGAUGGCAGUGAUUGGAAUAAAUCGAGACAUGAGAUGAGUGGAUGCUUUAUUUGCGUGGAUUCCUUGGAAUUUAUUGUUUAUAUUAUGUCGUUUCGGUUAAUCUCGUGAGUUUGAAUGAAUUUGGGAUGUGAAUUACUAUCUUAACUCGUUGGCUAUCAUUUUUUUUGCGAAUCUUCAGCUGUUAUAUGCUGCCCCAACUCAUGUCCACAUAUUCUUUAUCGUUCUUGUACUUAUUUUCUUCUCUGGUUGCUGGUGAGCCAGGAAAUCAUUAGGAAUUUGAUCUCAACAUUGAAUUUCUCCCAAUAAAUUCAAUUACGGAUUUCUCAAUAUUAAUUUCCAAUUAAAGCGACGUUUACAUAUCAAGUCACAAAUGUUAAUUAUUUACUGGUUCAUAAUUUGAGUGGCAUUGGAGUUUUGAUUGCGAGUAACUUGCCCACUCUUAUUGUGUACCUGUACAUAUUUAUUAGCUUAUAUCUCCGCCUAGGGGUACUUCAGCUAGCUGGUAGAAGUAGACGAUUUCGAGCGUUAAUUAAAGGUUUUCUUUAUUAUUAAGGCUUCAUUUUUUUCGAACAUUAUAAGUUUCAAUGAAUCAUCUGAAAAUCUUAGACGAAGCUUCGUUUCAUAAACACUGUAGAAGAGGCAAGAUAUUUUAUUUUUCUGUACGUUGUAGUUACUCUAAUACAACUAGAGUGUUGUAGUUAUUUUGAAAGGUAUAUAUGAAUAUAAUGUGAUAAAUUUAA